AUGAAUUCCAAGGAGGAUUACGGCGAGCAGAGAGGAUUGCGCCGUUUGGCGGUGGCCGCGAUCGCCAUCUCGACGACGGCUGUUAUCGCGUCGAUUGUGGCGAUGCCGCUGCUUUAUUCGUAUAUUGCGACGCUGCAGAGUCACAUCUCGGCUGAGACGGAAUUUUGUCAGACAAGAACGCGAGAUCUUUGGCAUACGAUGGGCACGGUUGAGACGACCGGACGAGCCAAGCGAGGCUGGCUUUUCGGCCAAUGGGUCCCCGAUGGAGGAGCCGGUGGUGGUGCUGCUGGAGGAUACGGGGACGGAGACGCCGGAAACGACGGCAACAAGGGACGGGAUGGCACCGUUGAAUCGCCGGAGCAGACUUACGCCGAGCCGUGCAUGAUCUGCCCGCCUGGCCCGAUUGGAGUUCCUGGACCCGCCGGCCACAAGGGACCCCAAGGACCUCGCGGACACGGCGGCGCCCCCGGCCAAGACGGACGACGAGGAGAACCAGGUAUGGCUGGAGCGGCCGGUCUGCAAGGAGAACCCGGCCAGCCCGGAAAGGCCGGAAAGAAGGGAGACGACGGACGCGUCAUUACUCUUCCCGGACCCCCUGGACCUACUGGAGCCCGCGGACCACAGGGUCGGCAAGGAGAGCGCGGAACGAAGGGAAGACCCGGCAUCGUCAUCCCUGGGGCGAAGGGAGAGCAGGGAGAUUCGAAUCUCGUCCUCGAAACCGACUUCUGCAAGUCUCGCGCCCGCGAUAUGUGGUCCGAGAUGGAGGUGACCACCGGAGUCAGCCGUCAACGCCGUGAGACCGGUAGCUGGCUCUUCGGACAGUUCGUCCCACAAGGCGGACAGGGCGGCGGCUACAAUGAAGGAGGUGGCGGUGGAGGAGGCGGUAAUGGAGGACAACAAACUACUGAGGGCCCCUUCAAGCCGGCGUCUGGCCAUGACGUUGGCUCGGCUCGUAUGGAGCAACCGGUAAGGAUAGUCCCGAGUCCUCAUGUCAUCAAGGCAACCGGAGAUGUUGAAAAGCCCACAGUGAGCGUCCGGCCGGCCGACUAUGAUUCGUUUGAUGACGACGACGGCCCAUCAAACCGAAAAGAGGAUCCAGUUGCCUAUGAUUCUUUUGACGAUGACGACGGCAAAUUGGACCAAAAAGAGAAUGAAGGCGGGUGGCGAUUUCCAACCUCCGCUGGCGAG